AUGCCUACAAGAUGGAGAGGGGCCAAGCGAGAGCGCGACCGCGUGGCCACCCAGCGGGACUCACGGAGCUCUGAAAUGCUAACUAAAUCCUUCUUUGAAGCAGCUAUGGACACGAUGUCCACAAAACUAAUUGCAACUUGGCAACUCACAGCAACACAACUGAAAACUGAAAUAGCAAAUCGUACCAGCAGAAUGACCCGCAUAGAAUCAGACUGCAAAGCACGGACGAUGUUUCAAAAUGAUAUGGCCGACCAUGUACAGGCGCUGGAACACAAACUAAACACCAUGGAAACCCGCAUGGCCGACACAGAGGACGGGGCAAGGAAGAAUAACUUACGCCUUGUAACCAAGCGACCUCCAGGUAUACGUGAGGGGCCUCAUGCAUGCCUAUGCUCCAGGAAUACCAGCGACAUGCUACUAGUGGAGUCCACUGGGUCCCGAAACCCACUUACCUCCCAGACACGACGCCCUGCGAUGUCCUCCUCCGAGGAACUGGUCCUCCGCUCAAGCAGAAGCAAACCAGAUGCGCACCCCAAAUAUCCCAGCGUGCGCAUCAUGGCGGACUUGUCAGCGGCAACACUACGUAGAAGGAGAACCUUCAACACAGUCAUGGUGGAACUGCGAAAGCACAACAUCAAACAUCGCUGGGGAUACCACACGAAACUAAUCAUCACCAAAGACGGAGAAACCUUUCACGAUCAACACCCCAGAAGAAGGGACAACCCUGCUGGCCAACUGGGGCCUAAGCACCAGGCGACACUCGGGCACUACCUUAUCCCCACGCCGCUCCGCUACUAUGGGCACAGCACAAGCACCUGAACGGAGACGUGCUGUAGAUACCACCUAA